GGGAUCAUUACUAGCGUAGAAAAUUCAAUGGCGAUCAUCAACUUGCCGGUUCCCACCAAUUCUUCCACCCCUCUUUGGGAAGUGAAUAAACAUAACCAUCUCAGUUCCUGUCUCCCUUCCGGGCGAGCUACGUUCACUACUUUUCGUGCUGCAGCCAUGAGAAAUGCAACUAUGGCAGCGGCUAACGUCCGAGAGCAAAGUGGUCAGAAGCAGCAGCUCAUUAAUAGACGCUCAGGGAACUACGAAGCUCCACUCUGGGAAUUCGAUUACAUUCAGUCGUUAAAAAAUGAAUAUGCGGGUGAUAUUUACGUCAGUCGGGCUAAUGAGUUGAAGGAGCAAGUGAAGAUGAUGCUUGACGAGGGAGAUAUGAAGCUGCUGGAUUGCAUGGAGCUUGUCGACGGGUUGGAAAGGCUAGGACUGGCUUAUCACUUUGAGGGUCGAAUCAACAGACUAUUAAGCAGCGCGUACAAAGCUAUUCAUGAAGGCAAUCAUAAAAGAAACAAAGAGGAUUUGUAUGCGGCUGCUCUUGAAUUUAGAAUCUUCAGGCAAAAUGGUUUUAACGUCCCUCAAGAUAUAUUCAAUGAUUUCAUAACUGAGGAUGGUGAAUUUGAUGAAAGCCUUUCUGAGGAUACAAUGGGACUGCUAAGUUUGUAUGAAGCAUCUUUCCUGUCGUUGGAAGGUGAAGCCACCCUGGAUUUGGCAAGGGAAUUCACAACUAAGCACCUCAAUAAUUAUCUAGGCAAGGAAAAUACUGAUCAAAAUCUCAGGAUUUUAGUGUACCAUGCACUAGAGCUUCCCCUGAGGUGGAGAGCGCCGAGGAUAGAAGCUAGGUGGUACAUCGAUGCAUACGAGAGAAGUCCCAACGUGAAUCCUACUCUACUUGAGCUUGCAAAAAUAGACUUCAACAUUGUUCAAGCAAUACAUCAGCAGGACCUAAAACAUGUGUCCUGGUGGUGGAAGAACAUACGAAUCGCGGAAAAGUUGACAUUUAUCAGGGACAGGAUAGUGGAGAAUUUCUUUUGGGCAAUAGGAGCUGUCUUCGAGCCUCAGUACGGAAGUUGUCGAAGAAUGCUCACCAAGGUCUUUGCUUUGAUUACAAUGAUAGAUGACAUAUACGAUGUUUAUGGAACUUUGGAAGAAUUGGAACUUUUUACUGAUGCAGUUGACAGGUGGGAUGUCAAAGCCAUAGAUCAACUUCCAGACUACAUGAGAGUUGGAUAUCUUGGAUUUUUCAAUUCCAUCAACGAGAUGGCCUAUGACGCUCUCAAAGAGCAAGGCGUACAUAUAGUGGAAUACCUAAGAAAAGUGUGGGCAGAUCUGUGUAAAGCAUACUUACAAGAGGCAAAAUGGUACUACGCUGGAUACACACCAACAGUGGAGGAAUACCUGGAAAAUGCAUGGGUUUCAAUGUCGGUUCCGGUAAUGUUAAUGCAUGCUUAUGCAGGGGUUACCAAUCCCAUGAAUAAGGAAGCCAUGGAUGUCCUAGACACCCACGAUAUCGUUCGCUGCUCUUCAUAUAUUCAACGAUUUGCAAAUGAUUUAGGAACAUCACCAGGGGAGAUGAAAAGAGGUGAUGUCCCGAAAUUGGUGCAAUGUUACAUGAAGGAAGCAGGUUGUUCAGAAGAAGAGUCGAGGGAACAUGUAUGGUUUUUGCUGAGGGAGACGUGGAAGAAGAUGAACAAGGACAGUGAAUGGGCGGAAUCGCCUUUUUCCAAGACUUUUGUUACAGCUGCAAAGAACUUUGGAAGAGUGGCCCUGGUGAUGUACCAAUACGGAGAUGGGCAUGGCCUUCAUUCCAAUCCUGAGGCUAAGGAUCGCAUCUUGGCAUCACUCUUCUCCCCAGUCCCGCCUGCGUAGAGAAUGGGCUGAAUCACGUACGUGCAGAAACAAGCAGGCUCUGUUGAUGAUCAUGAAUUUGGAAGUAAAUGGUUAAACCUCUCUUUCUCUCCCAGAUAUCUAAUCUGUAUUGAAGAAGAAAUAAUCAGUUCUAUAUUUGGACA